UUGUGCUCCUGUCCGACCAGCUUCUCCUCAUCAACACUGAGCAACCCAGAAAAGAUGCUGCUUUUCACAUUGUCAUUCUGUUUAUUUACCGUUCAUGCACUCCUCCCGGACACCGCGACUCCGGUCACCGUGGACCUGAAAACCACCACUGAACCGAGUUUGGAGCAGACACCAUCUGUGCUGAGCGACAUGUUUAAUGAGGAGAAGAGACAGGAGGAUAUACAGCUGGAGGAUCCAGAGCAUCAGAUGGACAAUGAGAGUGCAAAAUCCAGCCAGUCCAUCAAUAAUGCGACCUCAAAUUACAGCAAUGAAAGCAGCUUGGAGAGCAUCUCUGGAAAGCAAUCUGUCCCUGCAGUAGAGGAGAUCAAUAAGUCUUCAGACAAUGCACCCACAGAGAUUCAAGCCACCAGAACCCCCGACCAAGUUGGCAGCAAGGAAAAUGUGACUAACAAUAUUGCACACGAUGCAUCUGAAGAGAUCCAACCUGGCAGCAAGGAAAAUGAGACUGUUCAUGCAUGUCUGAUUGAUGAGGACUGCGAGAAGGGAUUGUACUGUCUUUAUGAGGCACAGCACUCUGAAUGCAUGCCCUGCAAGCAGUCUAAUGUGACCUGCAGCAAGGAUGAAGAGUGCUGCGACGAUCAGCUGUGUGUGUUUGGUCAGUGCAAGAAGAAUGUUACCAAAGGAGAAGAAGGCACCAUUUGCCAGAAACAAAGCAACUGCACCCCUGACCUGUGCUGCGCCUUCCACAAAGCUCUGCUUUUGCCAGUUUGCCAAUCUAAGCCAAAAGAACACGAGCGCUGCAUCAUCACUGGAAGCCACCUGCAAAAGCUGCUUUCAUUGGAUAUUUACACUAAUGGACCACAUGAAUACUGUCCCUGUGCUGGAGACCUAAAGUGUCAACAUGUCAGUGGCAGCUCAUUGUGUUUGAAGGGCCAAACCUCCAGUGAGGAAGAACUGACAGACACCAUGUACUCCGAGAUCGACUUCAUCGUCUAAACCUGGGUGUAAACCCGUCCGAAGUUAAAACAUCGCUUCUAGCUGGACAACAAUGAGCUUUGCAGUUUCUACUAAACUUAAGUACUUGAUUAGGAGUCAGCUGUGCAAGAACUAUAAAUAACGUCUGAGCCUACCUGCAAUCUGGUCUUCAUAUUGUGCUUUAUGCUUUAUUUACUCAGCUGUGAACAUGACCAGUUAUUGUAGUUCUGUAGUAAAGUUUAUCAAAAGAACUGGAAACAGAAUUCAGUAUUCUAUAGAUAUGUUGGAUGUACAGUAUAUACAUUGGCCUAUAUAACUAAAGUGUAAACAGGCAAGAAAUAGGUGACCUUAGUCUGACUAGCAUCUCGAUCAGUUGUGUUUUAAAUGGCACAAAUCUGUUGCUACCCUAACUUUCCACAUAGUUGUCUAAUCCAUGACAAAGUGAACAACGAAAAUGACAAGUUCUCCCUUUUUUUAAUUCUGA